AUGCCCCGUCCAGGAAAAAACUCUUACAGCGACCAGAAGCCUCCUUACUCCUACAUCUCUCUCACGGCGAUGGCCAUUCAAAACUCAGCCGAGAAGAUGCUGCCUUUGAGUGACAUCUACAAGUUCAUCAUGGAUCGCUUUCCAUACUAUCGAGAGAACACUCAGAGGUGGCAGAACUCUCUGCGGCACAAUCUGUCGUUUAACGACUGCUUCAUAAAGAUCCCUCGCCGGCCUGACCAGCCGGGCAAAGGCAGCUUCUGGGCGCUGCACCCGGACUGCGGGGACAUGUUCGAGAACGGCAGCUUCCUGAGGAGACGGAAACGCUUCAAGGUGCUGCGCCCCGAGCACAUGACCUGCAAGAGCUCCCCGAUGAUGCACUACUUCCACCACCACCACCACCACCACUCAGGCAGCAAACUGGCCACGGCGUCCGGUCACCACGACCCUUCGGCCGCCCCGGCCGGCGUGGGCCGGCUCCCUCCCUUCCAGGGUUACGGGGGCGUCACCUGCGCGCAGCCCAGUGGCUUCAAGCACCCGUUCGCCAUCGAGAAUAUCAUAGGACGGGACUAUAAGGGCGUAGUGGCCAGUGGCUUGCCCCUCACCUCUGUCAUGCACCACCUGGGCUACCCGGUGCCUCCUCAGCUCAGCAGCGUGGUCAAUUCUAUGUGGCCGCACGUCGGGGUGUUGUCAGAGUCCAUGAGUGGCGUGCCGGUACCGGCCGCAGCCUCAGAUUACGCACCCUUCGGCAUGUCAGCCAAGGGCCUCUACCACAACGCCAACGGGCAGACUCUGCCCGCCGUCCCGGUGCCAAUAAAACCCACCCCGUCCCUGGGUCCAGUGCCAGGUCUAACGGGGCUCCAGUCCGGUCCGGCCCAGCUCUGCGCGCCCGCUUCUGUGAUGGAGAAAAGCGACCUGCUGGAGGGGAAAGCGAACCCUCUCCACCCGGCUCUCCUGCUCUCAUAA